AUGAGUGACCCAGGGUCAUCCCAGACGACGUCGACACCCUCAGCUCCUGCUCCGAGCAGUGAAGCCUCGCCACGACCUGGCCCGCCGAACGAAGGUUCCACCCAAGACCGUCAUACUUCUAUACUGGCACGAGUGACUUUCGAUGUUCCUUUCCGGCAGGAUACAGAAAGCAGAAACAUCCCGGGCAAGCGCACGGCCGAAGUGGCCAUUUGCAAAGGAGAACAAUGGACCGGGAAGACUCAAACCCUAGGUUCCACCCAUACCGUAGAGUUGAACGACGACAACGAUCUGUCCUUCUACUUGUUGUCGAACUUCCCAGCCGUCUCACACCUCGACGUCGUCUUCAAGCUUCGCCCAGGCUUCCUGCGAGGCCACAUCCUUCUGGAUUUGGAGGACGGCCUCCGUAGCGGUGAGAUCGGCUCAGACGUAAACCGAGCCGUGAUCGCACUGUGGCCGCUACGGACUAACGUCGACUUUAUCAUCGAAGUGAACGGCCGUCGAGAAGGUAACUUGUACAGGAUGGCCGUCUUCAUGUUCUUGUUUAAUGCUGAGUUGGACCUGCUUCAUGGCGCAAGAAGCAUUGAUACUGAACGCUAUUUCGGUCUCGAAGAUGUGGAGUACCUCACUUGGAGAUGGAGGCCUGGAAUCUAG